AUGGAAGUAUACGCUCAACAUCCUUAUUAUCAAGUUGUGGCAGUCAAGCCAAAGACUAUCAGCACCAGAGCACUAGCUAGCAAGCUGUUUAUUGAGGAGAGAACACUCUGCUUCGUUACUGGAUACUACCUCAAGCCCUUCGUUACUCAGGAUAUCAAGCUAAUUGAUUGUACUAUGGGUGGAGAGAAUGCCCAUAGAGGAUUCUUAGAGACUUCUAUUCCAACUGCUGUCUUCUUGGAUACCUCUAGUGACCUUACUAACAAGGCAUCCGACUUGCCUAACGCUUAUCCAACUAAGGACCAAGUCCUUUCAGCCAUCAAGAAGCUUGGACUUAACCUCACUGAUAGGAUCGUUCUUUAUGGACAGCCUCAUAUGGACAUGAGUAUGACUAGGGCCUACCAUAUUCUCCAUGCUUAUGGAUUCACUGAUGUUACCGUUCUAGAUGGAGGACUUCUCAAGUUCACUCAAGAUGGGUAUCCAACUUGCCCAGGUAUUGACUACACUGGUCCAGCCUCCCAGGUUGAAGACUUGGCUGACCCAUCCCCAUAUCUUAUUCAGAUGGAUGAGAUUAUCGAAUUUGCUGAAGGAAAGAAACCAAACAUGCAACUUAUUGAUGCUAGAGGAGAACAGAGUUUCAAUGGAAAUGAUCCUAACUUGCCACCAGGAACUAGACAAGGACAUGUCCCAGGAGCUAUCAACAUCCCAGCUGACACUUUCAUUAACUCUGAUGAUGACACCUUCUUGAAAUAUCCAGAAAUUGUUGAGAUUCUUGAAUCCAAAGGAAUCGACAAGUCCAAGGAUAUUGUAGUCAUGUGCAAGACAGGAGUCACAGCUACCAUCAAUUAUCUUGCCUUGACUAUGGCAGGAUACACUGGAGUCAGACUCUAUGACGGCUCAUGGACUGAGUACGGUGCUGGAGAUGGGCCAAUUGCUGAGACUACCCCAAAGAUGCCUUUCUACUACCAACCAGUCAUGAUGCCAACCCCACAAUAUUACAUUGUGCCAAGUGGUCAACAAUAUAUGGCAAUCCAAGAAGAUAAGGGACAUCUCCCAGUUUAUCACAAAUAA